CCCGCAGAGCAGCAGCGGCAGCGGCAGCAGCGGCGCGUCCAGCCAUGGCGAAGGCGGCGGCGGCGGACGACGACUACAACUUCGUCUUCAAAGUGGUUCUGAUCGGCGAAUCUGGAGUGGGGAAAACCAACCUGCUCUCGCGCUUCACCCGCAACGAGUUCAACCACGACAGCCGCACCACGAUUGGGGUGGAAUUCUCCACGCGCACCAUCCUGGUGGGAGACGCCCUGGUGAAAGCUCAGAUCUGGGACACGGCCGGGCUGGAGCGCUACCGGGCCAUCACAUCGGCAUACUAUCGUGGGGCGGUGGGAGCCCUCUUAGUGUUCGACAUCACCAAGCAUCAGACGUACGAUGUGGUGGAGCGCUGGCUGAAGGAGCUGUAUGACCACGCAGAGGCCACCAUCGUCGUGAUGCUGGUGGGCAACAAGACAGAUCUGGCCCAGGCCCGAGAGGUGCCCACGGAAGAGGCCAAGAUGUAUGCAGAAAACAACGGGCUGCUCUUUGUGGAGACCUCCGCCUUGGACUCCACCAAUGUGGAACUGGCAUUCGAAACCAUUUUGAGAGAUAUUUUCAACAAAGAGCAGAAGAAGAAACAGAGGAGCCCUCUGGACAACAAGAUCUCGCUCUCCACCGAAAAUAGCGACGUGGCAUCUACCUCGGCGGCCGCUGAGGGGAAGAAGUCCUGCUGCAUGAACCUCUGAGGGGGCCAGUGGAUGGGAGUCACCGGCCGGCUUCAUGCACUGCAUGAAGCCAAGAAGAGAGUUUAAUCCUGGUUUGCCCAAUGAGCCAGUGGCUGGGUUCACAUUAAGCCAACAUUAAGCCAGGAUAGGCUAAAAGCCUGUUGUACUACUGCAGUUUAGCCAUAGGUGGACUUCAGAAUUUCUUGACCUGGUUUGCCUACGUCACCUCUGGGAACUUGGUCUGGUGUUGGAGCAACAUAGGAAAUCGUUCCAAAGCUGGUUCUGGAUUGGAUCCAGAUUCACCCACAUGUAGAACAGACUCACUGAAGCCAAGGGGCCAAUUCUAAGCCCAGAUAUCUGGCUGUGCCUGUGAAACAAACACUUUCCUCCCUCCCUCCCUCCUGCCGGUCCUUCCAGCCACUGAUGCCACGGAGGACUCACCAGUUAGGGCCUUUCGCUCCCUGGCAGCAUUAAGGGCAGAACCUGGGCUGGAAGAGGAGCCGAUGGGAAGGGGCUUCCUAUCUGAUCUUAACCACGAUUCCUCAUAGAUUAUAACCCUACCUGAACCUCUAUGUAUAGUCAUUCCGAUGGUGCUUAAAAGUGUUUGCUGACCUGGGUUGGCGCGGGGGCUUUUUCUGCAGAUGCCCUGGACACACACAAACACACACACACACACACACACUUGGCUACUUGGUGCUGCAGCAGGAACCCCCCUCCUCUCUUCUGGUCCUCAGCACUCCACACCCAUUUCCUUCUCACCAGUUGAAAGAGUGAAA